ACUUGCCACCGCAGUCAAUAAAACUUCACCAUUUAAUUCUCUUCGACCCUCCAACUGCCUCUCAUCCACACCCAUUAUACAUAUACACGUAUAUAAUCGGCUUCUUACAGGUUGCAACACAUUUCACACGACAAAAACAAAAGCCCCAUUAUUCACAUCAAUCCCACAAACCUAAUCUCUCUCUCUCUCAAAUGGAGCGAAGCCCAUUGACAGGUGUCAAGCUCUCGUCGGUCGUGCCUGCUACAGUGACAGGCAACAACAAGACACGCGAACUCACGUCCAUGGACUUAGCCGUCAAGCUCCACUACGUGAGAUCCGUGUACUUCUUCAAGCCCUCUCCGUCCGUACGGAGCAUCACCAUCGAUAACUUCAAGGGACCCUUCUUCCGACUGCUCCAGAUCUCCGACCCGUCCGUGUCAGGUCGGAUCCGGAGGUCCGAAUCGGACAACCCCACUUCGCGUCCAUUCGUACGGUGCAACGACAGUGGCGUACGGAUCGUGGAAGCCACUGUCGAGGGCUUCACGGUGGAGGAGUGGCUCUCUGCUGGUGACAGAACGAUUGAUUAUGAGUACCUUGUUUAUGAUCAAGUCCUUGGCCCCGAUCUUGACUUCUCUCCUCUCGUCGUUUUCCAGAUGACAAGGUUCAAAUGUGGUGGAAUUUCGAUUGGAUUGGAUUGGGCUCAUGUUUUGGGGGAUGCAUUUUCAGCUUCUGCCUUCAUGAACGCGUUGAGCCUAGUACUGGCCGGUCAAGAGAUACCUAAACCUUUAUACCCGGAGAAAAUCGGGCAUAAAUACCCGGUUCAUGAGAAAGCAUUCUCCAUCAAAAAGAUUGAACCGGUUGGUAAUCAUUGGUUGCAUACCAAUGCGUGCAAGAUGGGGAUACAAACGUUUUGCCUUGGCUCCAAGCAAAUACAAAAUUUGAUGGCUAGGUAUCCGGCACUAGGCAAAACAUUAUCUGUCGUCGAGAUUCUUUACGCCGUGGUAUGGAGAUCGAUGCUGAAUGUUCAUAAAGGAUCAAAUCCGAAGAUUAUUUCCAUAUGUGAGGGCAGAAGAACCGAGACAUGUUCUAACAAUGGCAUGGUAAUAAGCACUGUAGAUAUCGGUGGAUUGCCCAAGGAGGGAGACAGCUCGGUGCUCGAACUAGCGACAUUAAUCGCAGAGAAAAAGAUUGUGGAGAACGGUGCAAUCGAAAGUAUGAUCGAUAGAGAUGGAGGGGUUUCGGAUUAUAUCUUAUACGGCGCUAAGUUAACGUUUGUCAAUCUAGGUGAAGCCGAUGUUUACAGAUUUGAACUGGAUGGAGAAAAACCCGAGUAUGUGAAUUAUAUGAUUCACAGUGUAGGGGAUGAAGGAGUUGUCAUGGUUUUGCAGGGGAAUCAAGACAAGGGGAAACUUGCAAAGGUGGUAAUCAUGGUCAUACCUGAAGAACAACUAGCAAAACUCGAGGGUGAGCUAAAAAAAUAUUGGGAUGUGAUAUGAAUUUCUUUUUUCAUAUAUAUAUAUAUAUCGUGUAUUUGCCCAAUGUAAUAAAAUACAAUGCGGAAAGAAAAUUGUGGCUAUAUGUAAUGAGAUGAUAUAUUGUUGUUGGUUGUAAUUGUUUGACGUGCAAUUCGACAAAUAAAUGGCAUUAUUUGCUACAA